AUGGUACCGAACUGCGUUUUUUAUCAGGUCUUAGCCGCCGAAGCAGAAUCGUGCCGGCUUAGGAAGGAGUUGGGCAUCGCCUGGGAGGAGCAUAUGACCACACGGGCAGAACUAAACGACCUACAGGACACUGUAGUGAGCCAGAAGAAUACGUUCCAAUCGAAUAUAAUCGCAUUAACCACGGACAACACGGAAUUGCGAGCGACCAACACUCUGCUGGCGGUUCAUAUCCGCGCUCUGGGUGAAACGUCCGCGGAGGCGGCCUUGCUGACUAAAAGCUUCAACUACGACUUAGAAGGAAACAUAGUCAGGCAGAUGAAUCUGAAGGCAUUAGAGACGAAGCUGAUUGAGAAAGACGAUGCCGUGAUAGCGGCAGAGGAGCAGAUUAGAAUACUGACCAAGACGAACAAUGAGUUGGGCGCACAAUUAGCAAGUGUCAUGUCAGACGCACGAGAGCGCGACCAGGAGCGCCAAGACGCCAUAGACAAAGCGGCGAAGAAGCUAGAGUCUCUGAAGCUUCUCGAGAAUGACUACAACACCCUCUUGGCCGGACUCAAAGACCAGCUGAAAGCAAAGGACGAUGCAUACCACGAUAUGAACAUGGAUUUGACACUGAUCACCAAACAACUAUCAGCCGCCCAGAGCAACGCGCGGAUGAAAGAGAGCGAACUAGACCUGACGAAGAAAGAACUGGGGAGGUUAAAGCACCUUUCUGCGGUCUUACCCAAGUACGAGCAAGAGCUAGAGGCUGUUAAGAAGGAUUACACAACGAUGUCCACCGAGAAUCUAUGUCUGACAGACAGUCUCCAUCAGUUAAAACAAACUGGUAGUGUUGCGAAGCACUCGAUGACUGCCGAGAUAAAGCAUGUCAAAGCUGAGUUGGCGCACCGCACGGCCGAACUCGAAUGGCUGCAGCAAGAGGUGGGCUAA